AUUUAUUGCCAUGUUUUCAAUUUUGAGUACAUAGAAUGCUCUAGAGUUUUUCGAGAAAUGAAGAUUCGCUGCGACGCGUGCGCAAAGAAUCUUUGAUCUUCAAACUGUAUAUAGUUGUUAAAGCUCUGGCAGUUCUCACGCAUAGUCUACAGGUGAAUGUGAUGGCAUUUUACAAUUAGUUUCUCAACAACAGUCAAAUGUGUUUUGCGAGUGUACAGAGGACUUGAUAAGAAUUGUUUACCGUUAAUUGUUCCCCGAAAUCUUCCGCAAAGACGUUUUACGGCUUGCAAAACUUGUAAAGCCGAAUCGAGAGGUAUAAACAAUCAAGUGCCUCGAUAUAAUCUUUCUCGAAGGAUGUAUUUGCGCGCGUAACAUUGUGUACUUGUUUUCCUGACGUUAAUAUGCGUUUGUGUAAUACACGGCCCACUUGUAGUCUACUGAAAUUGAAAGGAUCAUUUUUUAACCAGGGAAACCGUGUAAAUUCGUUGUUUGUAUUCACCUGUAUCAUUUGAAAAAGUUCUAGUUUUUUUACUUGUCUGCUUGGAGAUUUUGACUUUAAAGUGUAUUACAACAUUUAUAAAAAUGUAAAUAACGCGGUUGCGUAUGUAGAUUGUGGGAUAAAUUACUUCCGGUUGUUGUCAGUUCCUAUUAUUUGUAUCCAUAAGAGUAUUUGUGGUUGAGGAAUAACCUGCACAGUGAACAAGUCGUGACAAUCGGAGGAGGUAGAGGUUAGCGUUUAGCAUACGGUUCAAGGAUUUGUAUCGAGUGUUUUUUUCGCGAAACUUGUGCCAAAAAUUGGUGCGAGUUGCACAACGGUUAAAUGCGUUUGGGUGAUUCCUCGGGAAGCAUUGUUUCUCGCGGCGCAUAUUCACAAAGGUUGAACGGUCCAACGAUUUCUCGGUGGCUCCAAAUGACAAGCUUGCCUCAACAACCUAGUCCAUGGAUGCAAAUGCCACAAGUGCCUCCAAUGUCGAUACCAUGGAGUGUACCAUCCCUGCAACAAUCGAAGCUAGUCAGAUUUACUGGUGGAUCAAAUUUAGAGUUGGUCCUUCAUCAGAAGAGAAAACUUGAAGUUUCUGAUAUAGUGGAUACGAGACAGACAAAGCAGUUCAUAACAGAAGAAAAAAUGGCAGCACAUUUCAGAGAUUUGCACAUUAGUUCAACUUAUCAGCAACAGUCUCCUGUCCCAUCUACAUCAACAGCUGAUGCAGAUCUGGUUUCUCAUAAAGAAUUGAAUAUGGAUCUAGAAAUUGGAGCAGCAAGUAUAGUAGAUCCAGAUCAAGCAAAGUCUGGGCAUCCCAAAUUGAUUCUUUCAGAAGAACUCAAGAGAAUGCAGCCAGAACCUAUUAUUCCAUCGUCAUUAUUAUCUAAAUUGGUGAGGCCCUCCAUGGCUUUAGUACUUUGGCAACCACCAAACAAACAUCUACGAAUUCUACCAUCAAGGGUUACACAGAAUCCAGUUUCUAGUUCAUCUGAUAGUAAUAACAACAGUAAUAACAAUAACAACAACAGCAGCAACAACAAUAACAACAACAACAAUAAUAAUAAUGAAGCUAUUCCUAACUUAAAUCAGACAUUGCAGUCAAGUAAUAUACAAGCAUUUGAGCCAAUGGAAUUAUGAAGGUAAUCAUGUUAGAAUAUUCUUUACGUCUUUUGUAUACUGUUAGAGAAAUGAGGAAUAAACUAAUGACGAACAUAAAAAAGAUAUAUUAUACUUCAUACUUCUUAUUCAGAGCCAAAUGUUUGUAUAAUUUUACAAAUUAAAUUCAGGUACAAAGCCUUUUUUUACAAAAUCUUUUUAUUGUUCAGUCAAUUAUUCGGUAAGCAUUUUUUAUUAAUUUUAGGUUCAGGUAUGUUUACUAUAUGUUAUAAGAUCUGCAAUCAUUGUAACAGACAUGACAUAAACAUAAAAAAUAGAAAGAGGAAUAAGUAAGACAAACAGGUUCCUUUGUAGACUGCACAUAAGUUGGAUGUGUGUGCCGAUGGAAUGAAGGGGAAAAGUAUAUGUAAGAAUGUAUAAAAAAAUUCAUCAUGAAUGUUAAUGCGUUUAGAAUUUCUAUAAAUACUAUUAAUAACGUUCGAGUGUAAUGUAGAAUUAUUUUUCUGUUUGGUAUGUUUUUGAGUAUGUCGCAACUUACAUUUUUAACCUUUGGAUAUAUAGUGAAAAUUAAAAUGCAUAGGAAUAGUAAAUGAGUAAUUUGUACCAUAGUAGUUUUAUUUGGUAUAUAAUAUGUACACAAAACGUAAUGUUAAGUCCGAUUUACGAAGUACAAUACAAUUAGCUGUGUGAAUCGUGUGUGUUUGCCAUUGUUUGUUGCGAAUGUGUGAACGAUAUACGAUGAUUUUACAUAAAGAUAUAACACGUUUCAUUAACAUUGUGUUUUUUAUUCAUUCAUGACUAAUGCAAAGUACAGAAAAAUUAUCAACUUCAUUGAGAAAUGCGGGAAUGCUCUUAAACUUUUACGAUCUACCUUUCCCACAGACGUUAGUCACCGUUACUUCUAAGUCGGUAGUCAUAUGAGUUAG